AUGUCCCAUCCACCUCUCAAGCUUAAGCUUCGACUGAACCCCCUUCCUUCCCCUGCAACGUCAGUCCACGGUUCCUCAUCUCACCACACAGCAGAGGAAAUGAACGAGCCCUCGGCACCUCCACCAUCAAGGAAGAAAGCUGCAAGUCAAUGUGGUAAACCUAAGAAGUCUAGGAAAAAGGUGGCAUCACGGAAAACUGAUGUUCUUCCCAUCAUCACUCAGGAUGGACUUCAAGCUGAGGGAGCAGGUUGUGCCGCCUCACCCCCAGGGCACCCACAACUCUGUUUGAGUGCUGCUGGUACUUGUGAUAGCAGCACUGCCCAAUGUCUGCCAGACCUCACCUCCGUAUCCGACCUGACUCCCAUACCCAACCUGAUCCCCGUGUCCAACCUGAUCCCCAUAUCCAACCACGGCAGCAAUUUCCCCAAGGAAUCUUUAAGCAACAAUCCGGUGGUUGAGUCACCAGAAGCUUUGCUUGAUGGCUCUGUGGUGGUUCCUGUCUCCAGGUCCAUAUGUACUGCCCCCCAAUCCUCAUCUACACUAUCCAAUGGCGCUAGCCGCUGCUUUGAGAGUUCUUUAGACAACGAGGUUGUGACUGCCAGAGUCAGCGCUGAAUUCCCCAGUCCCCACCAUGAUCAAUCCGAAGGAUCUCAUGUUAACGCACGCGUAUCUGUCAGGGUUCAGCACCCUGCCUUAGGGUGCCCCGGACUCCCCACCUACUUUACCCCCUUUAUUCUUUGA